GCCAACAGUUGCUUCUCUGCAAAGACUACUGUUGUGGAACACAAAUCUUCAUGUUUAGGGUAGACUACCCUCUCUAUGGGACAAUUAGGGUGUCUUUUUAGACUUUACAUCCACCAUGGACGAAGACAGUCUCAAAGUGCUGGUGAAACUCACCCAAGACGGACAUUUUAGCCAUCUGCUAAAACACAUAACGUCAGGGGGCUCUUCGACUUUUCAGGCCGUCAGAAGCAAACACUUCGGGCGGUCCGGAGACACCCUUCUUCACUACGCCGCCAGACAUGGCCACCUGGACAUUUUAGAGUUUCUAAUAAAAGAAGUCUGCAUGGAUGUAGAAGUUUAUAACAACGACUACAAGCGGCCGCUGCAUGAAGCAGCCUCCAUGAGCCACAUAGCAUGUGUUGGCUACCUGUUGCAGGAGGGCGCUAAAGUCGACAGCUUAAAGAAGGCUGAUUGGACACCGUUGAUGAUGGCCUGCACCCGGAGGAACCUUGACGUAAUCCAGGAGCUGAUCAACCACUCUGCUGACCCUCUGCUGAGGAACAAAGAUGGCUGGAAUGCCUUCCACAUUGCCUGCAGGGAGGGUGAUCCUCUGGUGGUGCGAUAUCUUCUUAUCGUUAGCCCAGAUGUGUGGAGAACUGAAAGUAAGACGUGCAGGACACCCCUGCACACAGCAGCAAUGCAUGGCUGUGAGGAAGUUGUUCAGAUCUUACUUGAGAGAUGUGGCUACAUUCCAGACGCCAAAGACAGCUGCGGAGUCACGCCUUUCAUGGACGCUGUGAGGAACGGACAUGUCUCAGUAGCCAGGCUCUUGAUGGAGAAACAUCAGGCUUCUCCAACUGCAGCUGACGUACUUGGGGUUCAGCCAGUGCACCAGGUGGCUGUUACUGGCCAGGAGGAGGCGCUGCAGUUCCUAGUAAGGGAGCUCAAUGUGGACGUGAAUCAGAGGGCAACUGGCAUGCAGCUCACUGCCUUGCACUAUGCUGCCAAGGAAGGACAUGUUUCCACUAUAAAGAUGCUGCUACAUUUGGGCGCAGAUCUUCACGUUCGGGACAAAAAGGAAAGAACUGACCAUGGACCCGGCAUCUAUAGUAGACUUUGAGACCAUUGGGGCACACAAAGAAGGGAGUAUAUUAUAUAAUAUCAUUUAGAAACUAUUACUCAAUGCUGCGGUCAUUCUCCAAUGUUGUCUUGUCUCUCAAGCUCUCCACAUGGCGUCCAUCGGUCAGCACGCAGAUGUCGCCAGGACGUUGCUGCAGCUCGGCCUGGACGAUUCCCAGGAUGCAUCUGGUGUCAUGGCACGACAGCAUGCCAAAAAAUCUGACAUAAUGCAAGU